AUGGCGGACCCCACCUUCAAGAUCCUCAUCGUCAACCCCAACUCCUCAACCCCCAUGACCGACGCCCUAAAGCCCAUCGUCGCGCAACUCAACUACAUCAGCAUCCAUGUCGACUAUUUCACUGCCCCCAACCAAUCCGUCACACUGCCAGAUGGCCGGGUCAUCGAGCCCGUGCCCAGCAUCAAUUCAGGCGCUGACAGUGUGCAAUCAGCACUCCACUGCCGCCCCUUUGUCGAGCCACUAAUCCCGCAAUAUGACGCCUUCCUGGUCGCAUGCUACUCGGCGCAUCCGCUUGUGGGUAUGCUGCGUGCGACAAUCAGGGGUCUCGAGAGUAAAGCUCGCCGCUCCGACUCCGGCACGUUGCAUGUGCUUGCCGGGAGUGAGAUUAUAGAUCCCCGGAAAUCCCGGAAAUACGUCACUGGCAUCUUCGAGGCUAGCGUGUCCAGCUCGCUGAUGCUGAUGAGCGCUUUCAAUCUACAGACGGAAUGGAGCCAUCGCAAGACUCAGUCGCAGGAUACCUUUGGCAUUGUGACGACGGGUGCCGUGUGGAAGCCGGAGCUUACAAAGGCUGUUUCGGCUAUGAUCAAUGGGCCCGAGGAGAAUGAAGGAAGUGGAAAAGGGGCUAAUUUGCCAAGCUCGGAUGGCUCUGCUGCUGCUGCUUCUUCUCCUGCUUCGAGUACAAGCUCAAGUACAAUAAUCCCAACGUCUGUUGCGCGCUUUGCGGGUGUCGAAACCACGGGGCUUACGGCCGUGGAACUACAUGAAACGCCGCCGGAAGAAGUGCGCCGACGCAUGAUUGAUGCGACUGAGAGGCUGCUCAAGGGUACAUCACAUCCGGUGCGAGCCGUGUGCUUGGGCUGUGCCGGGAUGGCCGGAAUGGAAGAGGCAGUCCGCGCAGGAUGUAUAAGAGCAUAUGGAGAAAGUGACGGUGAGGAUGUGCAUAUAGUCGAUGGCAUUGUAGCAGGGGUUGGCUUGCUGGUCAACGCCUGCAAGGCUCAAGUUUAG